UUUGAUUUGAUAGUUGUCAGCUGUAUCCUGUGUAGUUGACAAAAUAUUGUUUUAAAAAUAUUUAUUUUAACAAAAUGAUUAUGUUAAAACUGUUGUGCAAUUUUAACAAAUAAUACGGUCUUCUAGUUGUACAAUGUCAGAUUUCCAAAUGGACGUUCAGGAAACAGAUUUGAUCUCCAAUGAUUCAGAAAAUGAAUGUUCACAAAGUGUGUGUUCUGAUACCCAUAGUGAUAACACAUCAGCCUCUGGACUAACAGACAAAAGUACUUUGUCUGAGUCAACCUUACAUGCCCUUUCCGGAGGCAGUGAAGCUGAUAAUUUUUCCAGCCAGUCAACCGCUUUAUCAGGAGUUGACUCCAAACAAACAUUUACUACAGUGAUCAAUCGAGGAAUUGUUUUACCAUGGGGAGCACAAAAGGAGAGAAGUGCAUCGUCAGGACAACAUUUGGACAUGGACUUAAGACCUGGCGAGUUUGUGAUGAGAAAUUUGUUUGCAGACUUUACAGUUAUAGCAGAGAAAAAGAUUGAAUCUGUUAUGACAGAGUCUCAAGAAAAACCAUUGUCGAAAUCUCUACAAAGAGGUGAAGAUUCAGAGUUUGAUCAGCUUCUUAGUGCAUUUGGAUCGGUGGCUGAACAUUGUUUACCUUCUCUCUUAAGAGCACUAUUUUCAUGGUACGAGAGGCAAAUGUCCGAGGUAUCAAAUCCAGAACAGAAAAAAUCAGAUAUCAAGCAAAAAAGCAUUAUAAAUAUAGUAGCCGGAAACACUACAGAGACUAUAGAACGAUCUGAAGCCGACAUUCAAAAGGAAAAAAGAGAUCUUGCUGUCGAGUUCAUCUUCUGUUUAGUACUAAUCGAGGUUUUGAAACAAAUGGGAUUACAUCCAGGCCAUGAAGAUUUGGUGCAGUACAUUGAAAAUUUGGCAUUGAAACAUUUCAAACAUCAUGAAGGAAUCCAGAACAGCCCAAACAGCGCUAACAUCCACAUGAUAUCCGACUUAUACGCUGAAGUUAUUGGAGUUCUCGCACAGUCUCGUUUUCUGUCAGUACGAACUCGUUUUAUGGCAGAAUUGAAAGAAUUGCGUUCUAGAGAAUCCAAUCCAAAUACAACGCAAAGUAUCAUCAGUCUAUUAAUGGGUAUGAAAUUUUUUCGCGUAAAAAUGGUACCCAUAGAAGAAUUCGAAGCUUCUUUCCAAUUUAUGCAAGAAUGUGCCCAAUACUUCUUGGAAGUAAAGGAUAAGGAUAUUAAGCAUGCUUUGGCUGGUUUGUUUGUCGAAAUUUUAGUACCAGUUGCAGCGGCAGUUAAAAAUGAAGUUAACGUUCCAUGUCUAAAAAACUUCGUAGAAAUGCUGUACUCUCAAACGUUAGACGCCAGUACCAAGUCUAAACAUCGUUUGGCCUUAUUUCCUCUGGUAACUUGUUUAUUAUGCGUUAGUCAGAAACCAUUCUUUCUGCAAAACUGGCAUUGUUUUUUGGCGAUGUGCCUAUCGCAUUUAAAAAACAGAGAUCCGAAGAUGUGUCGAGUUGCAUUAGAAUCUCUGUACCGUCUACUCUGGGUGUACAUGAUCAGAAUAAAAUGUGAAAGUAAUCAAGCUACACAAUCCCGCCUCCAGAGCAUCGUCAACUCACUUUUUCCAAAAGGCUCUAAAGGUGUUGUACCAAGAGACACCCCGCUAAACAUUUUCGUGAAGAUCAUCCAGUUCAUAGCUCAAGAACGUCUGGAUUUUGCCAUGCGAGAAAUUGUCUUUGACCUGUUAUCGGUGGCUCGACCAUUUAAAGUCAUUUUAACGCCCGAACGUAUGAGCAUAGGCUUGAGAGCCUUUUUGGUCGUUGCUGAUAGUCUACAACAAAAAGAAGGAGAUCCACCCAUGCCGAGAUCUGUGGGAGUGCUACCCAGUGGAAAUACCUUACGAGUAAGGAAAACAUUUUUAAAUAAAAUGCUGACCGAGGACACGGCUAGAAGCAUUGGAAUGAAUGCGUACUUUACUCAUGUUAGAAGAGUUUUUGUUGAUAUUUUAAGGGCGCUGGAUACGCAAUAUGGUCGACCUUUGAUGAUGACCAAUACGCAGAAUGUUAAUAAAGAGCCUGAUGAGAUGAUAACUGGAGAAAGAAAGCCCAGAAUUGAGCUAUUCAGGACUUGUGUAGCUGCAGUUCCAAGACUAAUCCCUGAUGGUAUGACCGCUGGGGAACUAGUAGACUUACUGAGCAGGCUUACCGUUCAUAUGGACGAGGAAUUAAGAGGCUUAUCAUAUUGUAGUUUACAAAGUUUAGUUGUAGAUUUUCCCGAUUGGCGGCAAGACGUUUUGUGGGGUUUGACGCAGUUUGUAGCUAAAGAAGUGUUAGAUACUUUCCCCCAACUCAUGGAUCAUGGAUUGAAGAUGAUUUUGACUUUAUUGGGUGCUUGGAAAGCGGCCAUUUCUGGAACGAAUGUUAGCACUUUUACUUCUUCAACGCUUAGAGGCAAAGAAUACAACGAAUUGAAAGCAGGCCCACCAGAUCCAAAUCUAACCAAACGUACAGAUACGGCUAAAUCGGAACCACUGGCGUCUGUUCUUCAUUUUGUGGAGGCCUUGGCUUUAGUAAUGCUAUGCACGUAUCGUUUAACGACCCGUCGCUUGUCAGUGUUAAUACUAAAAGAAGUCAAAAGCCUUUUGAAGGCCUUGAACUGUUCAGAAAACCCACCCGUAAUCGAUAUUAUGGAUCAAUAUUGCCCGCAAGUUGUUGAAAAGUGUCUUCUAUUACUACCGCCUGCAGAAAAAACAGCAAUUCAAGCUGUGAGUUUAGUUGGCUCUGUAGACCUUCAAUGGCUGGCUGACAGAAGCUCGUCUGUAUGGACCGCUGGAUUAUUUGAAGACGGUUCCAUCAAGAACGCUGCAAAUUAUACUUUUUCGAUUGUAGACCCGUGGAGCGUGUGUUACUUCGGUUUUUUGGAGAGAGAUAGACUAUUAAGCUUAUGUACUUUAAUGACUAUGCAUUCGUGGCCUAUAGUUUUUACGAGACUGAACGCUCUUUACUCAGUAGUGGACCCCACACCACUGAACGAUAAUAGAGCUUCUUUAUUGAGAAGUGCUACCGCUGUGAAAAAACCACCCACUGAAAGGGAUGCCUAUAUGCACUUGUGGAAAAACUACAUUACAUUUGCUUUUAGGGUGGUUCCUCUUAUCGCAAACCCUAUUGUCAGAUGUGCUAGUCCCGAUCUAAGUUUAAGCUCUUCACCAGACAGCCUAAACACCGAAAAGAACGAUAAUAAACUACCCGCUACAAAUAUUUCGCCAGUGUCAUUGUACAAAUUAGUCGUUCCUCAUUUAAGGUGCGAAGUUACUGACAUACGAGAUGCAGCAGUAUACGCUCUAGGGAAUAUUAAUGGAAAUGCGCUUAGAGACUUAUUUGAAGAACUGACAGUCUACGUCCGUGAAGCUGUAGACAAGAAACAAGAAAACGUAAGACGAAGGCGCAGGAGGGAUGCCCUUAGACUACAGCUAACUAGAUUAUUAGAAUUCAUCGCAGAAAACGAAACUUUCGGAAUGAGCGGUUGUGCUCUAGAUAGAGAUUCGCAAUCCCUAAUUCCCAUCUUGAUAGAGUUUAUAGAUGGUGUCAGAUAUUAUCUGGAAAACGAACCGGACAAAAAUUCCACGACUGUAAAGGAUUUGACUUUGCAUUUUGGCUAUUUUCUUAGAAAAAUGAUUAAUAACUUCACAUUGGAAACUCGUCGAAGUCUUUUGAAAAGAGACCUGAGGAGGAAUCUAUUCACCUUAUUCGGUAAUUGGGCUGGAAAAUAUGGUUUCCCAACAGGAAAGGCGAAUUCUGAAGGAGAUAUGAACAAUAAAAAACAUGUGGAGUUGCAAUUGAUUUCAUUACAAGCCAUGAGUUAUCUUCUGUGUUGUGGACCUUGCUUCGAUUCUCUUACUGAAGAAAGUUCUUACUAUCUGUGGAUAGAUGGACUACUCAAUAGUUCGGAUGAAAAAGUAUACAGUCUGGCUCAAGAAACUGUCAUUCUCUUACUUGAAUCAAAUCCUGAUGUGUCACCGCUUUUGGACUGGGUGGUUGAUAAAUGUUAUACCGGUACGUCAAGAGUGGCUGAUAGCUGUUUCAUUGCCUUGGCCACCAUCUUUAGCGCAAGGGAGUAUCCAUGCGACCACUAUACCGCAAUUAUAAAUGUGACGUUAAUGAACACCGGCUGUCCUAGACAAGUCGUCAGAGAUACGGCCCUACAACUGCUUCAACUUUUGGAUAAGCGAUUUUUCGGAUGCGUUGGUCCCUUGGCAGAAAAUGAUUUAGCGGAAGGAGAUAAAGGAAGAAGUACUUUGGACACAAUUCUAGCUACCACAUACUGUAGAUCUCAGAUACAUUUGUCACGACAGUUAUCUUUGCUCCAUCCUGAACUUACUAUGCCAAUGUUUUCAGAAAUAACGUACAGAUUCCAAACAGCUAGACCUGAAGUUCGUCAAUUGCUACUACAGUAUCUAUUGCCUUGGUUACAUAAUAUGGAAUUAGUGGAUCCAAAUAUACCUCCAACAAAUACACACAUGUAUCAGUUCUAUUCUGCCGAGAUCGCUACAGAAAGAAAAGAAGGCUGGGGUUCCGCAGAAGCUACGGAAAUGGUUUUAACCAAUAUAUUUUAUAUCACAGCUAAGUUUGGUGACAAUCAUCCGAAAGAAAUUGAAGAAAUUUGGGCAACACUUUGUACAUCGUGGCCAAACAAUAUGAAAGUGAUCAUACGGUAUUUAAUCAUAGUAUCAGGAAUGGCUCCUUGCGAACUUUUACCAUAUGCAAAGAGAGUAGUACUGUACUUAGCGAGAGUACAGCCGGUACGAUUGUUAGACGAAAUGAUGGUAGAAUUACAAACUGUCGAAACGCUAAAUUGUUUAAUAGAACGAACAGAAACUCCUCCGUUCUAUAGAUUAACGGUAAUGAGAAAAGCUUCUAGCCAUUCUGAUGGAGCCAAUGGUGUGCCUGGCCAGACUGAUUCAAGCAGUAGAAAUGAUUUAAGUAUUGAAAAAGGUACAAUUCACACUAAACGGCACAGUGGAGAAGAUCCAUCAAAAACUUCAGUCAUGAAGUCUGAUUCUGGAUCAAAUAUAUUCUCUGAUUUUGCAAUGUCUCGUCCAGAUAAACCUAAGAAUCAAGAAGAGAUGAUUAGUUCCUUAGAAGAAGUUGCUAUUGAAGAAGACGUACUACUCCGUGAUAAGGUGAACAUGUCAGUACCUCAGCCACACCCCUUACCAAUGCCCGAAUUUGGAGGUUACUUUGCACCUUUGACAGAAUAUUUACCUGAUAGUUCACAACCUAUUUCUGGAUUUCAUAGGUGCAACGUAGGUGUUAUGUUACUGUGCGACAUCGUGGUCGAUGGUAUAGAACUGGAUUGGACAAUUCAUGUACCACUAAUGCUUCAUAUAUUAUUCCUUGGUCUAGAUCACACGCGUGCCCUAGUAUAUCAACAUUGCAAACAACUUUUGCUAAACCUCUUAGUUGUUUUAGCCCUACAUAAUGAUCAUCUAACGGUAGCACAUAUUAUACUUAAUAGUAAAACAAAGCAACUAGAACUAGGGUUGCUUACACCGACAUUGUCCACUGUGGUUGAACAUACUUUUACAGAGUCAAGUCCCAUUCUCAACGAAUUUUUGUUGCAUCAAAUUGGUGGAUCUGGAGCGGCCGUAGAAGCUUUAAACAAAUCAGCUGCGCAAGCGGUCUCGAAUUUAAAACCAGAAGAAACAGUUGAAGAAAAAGAAACUCCGAUCCCUCAGGUGGUAGUUGUUCCCGAAAAUGCAGAGCCAGCACCCACCACCAAAGUUCAACUCACAGUUUCCGUAAUCAUCAAAUCUCUGAUACAAUUCCUUGCCACACGCCAAAACUCACCACUAUGGAACUACGAAGAUAUCACGGCAAAAGUGUGGUCAAUAAAGAGCGUCGAACAAAUCGACAUUUUUAUUCAGUACAUUUUGAAAGUAUUCAGAGAAUCGUUACCGAACGCUCAUAUUAACGAAAGAUGGGCUCAAACGGCUCUGCAACUAGGGUUAAGCUGUUCCUCAAGGCAUUACGCCGGAAGGUCUUUGCAGAUUUUUAGGGCUUUGAGAGUUCCCAUUACAUCUCGGAUGUUGUCUGAUAUACUGAGUCGAUUGGUUGAGACUGUAUCCGAACAGGGAGAAGAUAUGCAAGGCUACGUAACAGAACUUCUGUUAACAUUAGAGGCUGCUGUCGAAUCAUUGGAAUCAGAUUUCCGUCCUUUAGAUUUUAUGAAAGAUUUCUUUAAAUCCACACCAAAUCUUAAUAACAAGGAGGCUGGGCCUUUGAGGAAAAAUGCUGGAGAUUCGCAUAUAAAUGUGGCUGGCACUCCAGUAUUUUAUUCGCCAAUUAUAGGACACGCUCGCAGUACUAGUUAUUCGGUUUCGUAUGGAUUUAGAAAAAAUACCCAGUCUGCUACGGAUGUUAAAGAACGAAAUCGACAUAGUAACGAAAUAGAUCAUAGAAGUGCCAUCAACAAAUUUGCUCCGAACAAUCUCUCCAGAUCUCGUUCGGCACAGAGUUUAAAAAUGUUAGGAGAUACAGCGACGCAAGAUGACAAAUUAACAAUUCUAGCGCAGUUGUUUUGGCUUGCAGUUUCGCUGUUAGAAUCGGACUAUGAGCACGAGUUUCUAUUGGCUGUUCGACUAUUAGCUAGUGUUAUGCAUAGGUUACCUUUGGAUAGACCAGAUGCCAGAGAUAAAGUGGAGAAACUUCAGUCGCAAUUGAGGUGGAACUCUUUUCCUGGAGUGCAUGCUCUAUUAUUAAAGGGAUGCACCCAUCCAAAUAUUUACGAACCAGUGACGGCGCUACUGUCGCAUUUUACAACUUUGCUGAACUUUGUGGUUGUGGAUCCAUCGCAAAGUAUAGCUUUUCCAAUGAACGUUAUAGCUUUACUUCCUUAUAUGUUGUUGAAUUAUGAAGAUGCUAAUGAACUUUGUAUUAGAGCUGCAGAAAAUAUUGCGCAGGUUAGCAUUGAAAAGAGCAAAAAGCUUGAAAACCUCGGCACAGUGAUGAACCUCUACAGCAGAAGAACUUUUAGUAAAGAGAGCUUCCAGUGGACUAAAUGCGUUGUGAAAUAUCUCCAUGACACUUACUCUCAUUUAAGUCUCAACAUGUUAUCGUUCCUUAUAGAAGUUCUAGAAAAAGGUCCCAGUAAUCUCCAGUUACCGAUACUAAAUAUCAUCCAUUGCAUUCUGCAUUAUGUAGAUUUAGCUACGGCAGCGGCUCAACCAGUGAACGCCGAUUUGUUGAAAGUUAUAGUGAAGUACAUAGAAGGGCCGAAUUGGAGAGAAGCGCUGAAGAUUUUGAAAUUGGUCGUUAGCAGAUCUAGUUCGUUGGUGGCACCUCCUAUCACGAUUCAUUCACAUUGGGAGAGUUCUUUGACACCUAUGCCUCAUCCUUCAUUUAAUGAAGAUAAUAUUUUCAGCAAGAAGGAACUACCAGGUCGUACCAUGGAAUUCACUUUCGAUAUGUCGCAAACUCCUGUAAUUGGCAGGAGAUUUCUACAUAAGACUGAGGAAGCUUCUACAUCAAAGAUAUCAUCAACCCCAAGACGAUCUUGUUCUAUUAGUCCGGCUGAUACCUCUCCUCAAUCGGGAUGGAAAAGGCCAUGGAUGUGCCAGGGAAGAGUUCGGGAAUGCCUAGUGAACCUAUUGACAACUUGCGGUCAACGUGUCGGCCUGCCAAAGAGUCCAUCUGUUAUAUUUAGCCAAACUUCGGAUAUUAUUGAAAGGCAGUCCAGUAUGGCCUCUAGCACCGAAGAAGUUUCUGCUGGCAAUAAUGAUAUGAGUGGCGGGUCUAGAAGAGAUGAUGCUGCUACAGAAUUUGGAGUUUUCAAAGAUUUCGACUUCUUGGAAUAUGAAAGCGAGAGUAUAGAGGGGGAAAGCACCGACAAUUUCAACUGGGGCGUUAGAAGAAGACCUCUAAGUCAAGGAGAAGAUGACCAGACCAAUCUAAAACAGUUAGAAGAUAGCGUUAGCGAAAAAACACCCGUUCUAACAGUAAGAAAGGUACACGUCUGUCCUUUUGACCAUAAUCGGUUACUAACAGAAGAAUCUUCAGACGAUGAGGUCGGUUCCGAAUCUCCAUUGGACGAAAUAGCCAUUGCUCCGGAAUUUGACAAUAGCAUCAUGGAAAGUAGCGCCAUGUUCCCUCCGUCAUCUCUUGCCCUAAGAGAGAACAAUUCACAAGUACAGUCCAGUGCCAGAUCAGACACAAGUGGAUCCAGUACGGGAGAUCUAGGUGAAGUGACUCCUUGCAAUGCAUCACCAAAUUUAUCCACUCUAAUGAAUAUGCGACCAAUAAUUUCGAAGAGUGAUAUGUUAGAAAAUUGGAGUUCAUAUAUUCAAGCGAAUAUGUUACAGACGCCAGCAAACACCUUGCAGUUUUUCCAUCAGUUCCAGAAACUUGUUACGGAUAUAUGUAUCUCAGCGAUAGAAAUAACCAAAGAAUCUUGUUCCUACAUGUCCCAGUCAGCAAUGAGUGGUCUUCCCACCAUCCGAUUAAUUAGCUCCAGAUUACUCUCUAUGGUAGAUAUAGUCAAGUAUAGAGUUAUGGUAUCAAACUUGAUCUGGUUUAAUACAGUAGCGAUCAAGGAUUCCCGAUUUAUAGAAACUUUGAAGUAUGGUAUGUUAGAGGUGCAGGAACAUCUUGAAACGUUCUGUGAUAAGAAAGAGCAAGCUAGUAUGUUCUGCGAUGCUGUCAAGACAACGUUAAAAUUGGAAAGACUGAGUGGCCAACAAUCUGAGUUUCAUAACGAACAGUAUUUGUUAGAUUUAGGAAAAGCUCUUUACAAACUAUAUUUUCAACUGCUGUUGCUAAUAGAAGUCGGCAACAAAAUGGUUGCAAAUUUACACAGUAGUCUGAAAUCAGCUGAUUUUAAAGAUAUAACUGGUGAUAUGAUGUCAAUUAGAAGCGCUUUGACCAGUUCCUACGAAGACACCGACGCCGAUGGUGGGAUUUCAUCUGCUAUGUUUGGCCGAGUGAGUUCGGAUAAUCUGAUCUCCGAUUUGUGCCGUUUGAUAGAAAAUGAAAAGUGGACGUCCGUUAUCUUGUAUUUCAAGUGCAAUAAAGAAGAAUUUGUAAAAGAAUUUGAGGAAUUAUGUGAUAGAGAGAAUGACGUCCUUACUAUUUUGAAUAUAUACUGCAAAAAGUUGGUCCAUGACAAACCUGAAUAUUAUGUGAUAAGUAACCAAGAGCCCGAUCUAUCGGACGUAUUCGGAAGACUGUUUCAAGUAUCAGCAGCCGUUUCUGAUCUCGAAGGAAUCCUUAAGGAACAACCCAGUAAAUCUGCUGAUGCUCCAAAAUAAUUAAUAAAAUUUUCUUACAAUUAAUAUUAACGAUUUAAUGUUUAGGAUUUUAAGAUUUAAUGAAUUUGCCGUCUUACAAAAAGUUUCACUGAUAAGGUAGUAAAAACACCAAUUUAAGGAAAUAAUCGUAAUAAAUAUUAAGAUAUAUUUACAUACUAUAAUUUGGUUUAAUAUUCGGAAAAUUAUUUAUUAGCCAAUUUUUUUUUAAUUCUUCAUGCAUUUUUCAUUAUUAUUUUAACAUAUAAGUAGUUUAGUUGCUAUUAUUUUCUAGUGUAAUAGAAAAUUGUUUUCAUCUUUGUAACAUACGCCACGUAUAGUCACUAUUAGGUGAAACUUUUACAAUUUUUAUGAAUCAUCGUCCCAGUACUGUCCUGUUAAAUUAUUUGUAUCAUUGUGUCCUGACCAUUUGUGAAGUUACGAGAAUUUGUUAUAAACAAUUUAAUUGUUUAAAUAAUUAUAAUUUAUAAACUAACAAAUAUAAAUCAUUUUUACACAAUUCAAUUUGUUCCUUUAAAAAAAUCUAUAAAAUGAUAUUUGGUAAUCCUUCAUCCAAUAAUUAGAACCGGAGAUAUUGCAAAAUUAGUGCAAAAACAUUGCAAAAUUACGACAUUUCGGCAAUUAUUCACUUUUAACUCAGCUGAAUUUUGAGUAAAAUAACGUUGUAAUAGCUUAAAUUACAGGAAAAACUACCAGUUUUAAAACUAAACCUUAAUAAUAAUCGAAAUAUUAUUUAUACCGACCUUAAGUCUUGUGAUCGUGAAUAUAUCACCAAAUGCUUUUACUGCAAGCAAGCAAUUUAAUUGAACCCAGCCUGUGAGACCCUUGAAAUGACGUUCAGGUGCAUUCAUUGGAGCGAGGUGUAUUAAACACGAAUGACUCCAACGCGGUCCAAUGCUCCAGACACAAGACCAUUCCUUUCCCCCUAUAGCACUCUGAUGCGCAAUAGGGGCACAAUAUCAGCCAAACGCUAUUUAUGUGGGAGUCCUGGGUACAAGAACUUCAACAUAGUUCUCUAACUCUAACCGAUCAAAUGCAGGCUAGCGUGAGGCGCUUUAUUCCUGCUAUCAUCUACACAUCCUACUCUAGACCAGGGCGGAUCUGUGAAAAAAGGUCUAUUUUUGGAUGUGCGAGGUGGCAUUCGGAUUUUUGCAGAUAAAGUUAGGUAACAACUUCAACAAUAAUAAUUGACUUAUACUCCUCAAAUAUGCCCGGAACAUUAAUAAAAAAAUUAAAGUAUGUAUUUAAAAACUUCGAAAAACAUCGAUUUUUUUUUCUACUUUCUUUGCUUAUAACUUUAAAACGACUCAUUUUGGAACAAAGUCGUAGGGAAAUUAAAUAAAGAUAAUUGAAUUUUGUAUGAUAAACGACUGGUUAAAAAUGUGUUAAAUAUUACCCUUUCUGCAAAAUUGCAAUCAAUACAAAAUAAGGGGCAAAAUAGGCCUGUUUUUAUUCAGUGUUUUUCAACCACUUUGGUUGCACUUAGAACUUUCGUAAUUCGCUUAGAAAAACUUUCUGAAGAAAAAGUAGACCAUUUAGAAGUUUGCUAAUUUUUUUUACAUAUAAAGAAGUUCUCUACCUAUCUAAUACACUUUACAGAAUUAAAAUCGGAUUAUUUAAGCGGCCUCAGCACUGUUUUAAAGUUAUAAACAAUUUUUUGGCUUAUAAACAAAUACAGUGAGAACGUUUGAGUUGGCAUAAAUUCAUUUUCUCGAGAAUAGGGGUCUCUGGAGAUAAAUCCCGAAACAGGUCGAUUUUUAUUUUUAAAUUGUAAUUUUUUGGUAUAUAUAUCAUACUAGUGACGUCAUCCAUCUGGGCGUGAUGACGUAAUCGAUGAUUUUUUUAAAUGAGAAUAGGUGCCGUGUGAUAGCUCAAUCGAAAGACUAUUCAAUUUUGUAUUCACUAAUAUAAACAAUAACAUAACUAUUUAUACAGGGUUUGAAUUAAAAAAAAAUGAAUUUAGUUCCAAUAUUUAGAUUACGUCAUCACACCCAGAUAGAUGACGUCACUAGUACGAUAUUUAUGCCAAAAAAUUAUAAUUUAAAAAUAAAAAUCGAUCUGUUUCGGGAUUUAUUUCCAGAGUCUCCCAUUCUCAAGAAAAUAAAUUUAUUCCAGCUCAACCGUCCUCACUGUAUUUGUUUGUAAGCCAAAAUAUUGUUUAUAACUUUAAAACAGUGCCGAGGCCGCUUAAAUGUAUUAGAUAGGUAGAGAACCUCUUUAUAUGUAAAAAAAAUUAGUAAACUUCUAAAUGAUCUACUUUUUGUUCAGAAAGUUUAUAAAAAAUUUGAACUUUUUUAAAAAAAUUUAGAUUGCAAAAUUAUUAUGCAAAAUCUAUUAGGUUGAUUUGAAUGAAAUUUGGUGGACGGUUUAAGUAUGCUGUAAGAAUUUUCUAAGUCAAUUAUAAAGGUUUUAAGUACAACCAAAGUGGUUGAAAUACAUUGAAUAUAAACAGUCUUUUUUGCCCCCUUAUUUUCUAUUUAUUGUUAUUUUGCAGAAAUGGUAAUAAUUUAAGACAUUUUAAACCAGUCGUAUAUUAUACAAAAUUCAAUUAUCUUUAUUUUCUUUCCCUACGACUUUGUUCCAAAAUGAAUCGUUUUAAAGUUAUAUGCAAUUAAAGUAGAAAAAAAUCGAUAUUUUUCGAAAUUUUUAAAUAUUUAAAUUUUUUUAUUAAUGUUCCGGGCAUAUUUGAGAAGGAGCAUAAGUCAAUUAUAAGUAUUGAAGUUGUCUCCUAACUUCAUCUGCAAAAAUCCGAAUGCCACCUCUCACAUCCACCUUAAAACAGAUCCGUCCUGGUCUAUCUAGCAUUUAUGUCAAAUAUUGCCGACAACUGCCGGGUAUAAAGACUAAAUAAAAGGACCUGUCUUUUUGAAAAUGUCUUAUUGUAUUUAUAAAGUGGAACCUCGAUUAUCCGUCAGGGCACCGGACCAAGGGUAUGACGGAUAAUCGAAAAGACGGUUAACAGAACAUUAAAAAAAUAAAAAUUCAUAGUAUUAUGGUGACACACAGAUAUUGACUAAUAAUUAUGUAUUGUGAUGUGCGUUUUUAUUUUCGGCUUGCGAUUAAAAAAGAGAACUCUAAAAGCACGGUAUCAUUUUUAUCACUACCUAUUUAAAUUGAAAUUUAAUCCAGAGCCCUGAAUAAGAACAAACAUUAUUUACAUAAAAAAUGCGGUGGUGGCAUAACUGCACGUGUACAUACAACAAAUUUCGUUUGGCUUAUCACAAUGCUCAAACAAAAUGAAUUAAUGACUAAAUUUUUACUUAUGUAUACAAUAUAACUUAUGUAUGAACCCUGACGGUUAACAGAGGUGACGGUUAAUAGAGAGACGGAUAAUCGAGGUUCCACUGUAUUAUUAUAUUCAAAUCUAAACUUGUGACUAUUUUUUUUAAUUAUCCAAAAACAAUUUUAGUUAAAUUAUCUAUCGUAUUCAUUUUCUAUUGUAUUGAGUACCAAAUUAAAAGAUAAUGAAGUUUCAAAUUGGUCUACCAGGUCUAUUAAAAUUUCAAAUACUAUGCGCAAGCUUGUUUACCAAGUGUCUUUUUAUCGACGGUCUGGCACCUGUUUUUGUAUGGUACCAUUUCAUUCGUCGAUUCUACAGUGGAAAUGCAACUGAUUCUUAUAAGCAAUGUUGUCGAUUUUAGCGUUUUCUUCAGUCGCGUAUCACUAAUCGAAAACUAAACAUAUGGUAUAAAACAAGCUGUCUGUCUAUUUAAAAUACCUUCAACGGAAUGUUAAAACGUAUACCUACCUAUGUUCAGUUCUUCGAAUAGGCCGUUUCAUCAUGUAACGAGCGCAAGCGCAGUCGCCAUGUUGACACAGCGGCAAUUCAGUAGUUUCGUACUGUUUUGAUCAACAACAUGGCUGGAAACGCAGUAUUAUCUUAAAAAUCGCUAAUGGAUAAUAUUGUGCUACUAUUUUCUCGUAAUCAAUUCGUUCUAGUGGUCAGUUGCGUGGAUAUAAAGAACAUCAUUACAACAUUAUAUUUACGAAAGUUUAUUAUAGCCCCUAAAAUAAUUAUUUAUUGUAUUACCUUUUUUGAAGCGCUUUUAACUUUUGGUAUUCGUUAUUACCACUAUUUAAAGUAACAUAUUGCUUUUCUACUAAAACGUAGGCAAAUAGUGCUAAGUUUUUUUCAUAAUAUAAUAUUUAUCAUGUCUUACUUUUUUUGUAUAUCUGUCUGAUGUAAAAUCAAUAAAGAUCUAAAUGUCUU